UGUAGCUUUUGUGAGGUGUGUGACAGCUGGCUUCCAUCGGUGUCACCUAUUCUGACGGCAGGCCCCUCCGAGAGGACCUCUGCACGCGUCCGGAGCAGGACAUGGAGCCCGUGACCUUUGAGGAUGUGGCUGUGAACUUCACUUCGGGCGAAUGGACUUUAUUGGAUUCUAGUCAAAGGAAGCUCUACAGAGAUGUGAUGAAGGAAAACUUUAUGAACCUGAUCUCCAUAGAGAAAACACAUGAAGAAAAUGUUGAAGAGGACUACCAGAGGCUCAGGAGAAAUCUAGGAACUCAGGUGGUUGAGAAAGAUGGUGAAUAUGAACAUGAUAGUCAGUGUGAAAAAAACCAGCGACAGAUUCCAGAGCCUAUUGUUAGUGAGGCCAUGCCUCCUUCUAUAACAUUAUAUGAAAACAGUAGCAGUUUGUGUAUAAGAAACAUCAUUGGUAAUUUGCCCUCAAAUGUGCACCUCAGUGAUCAAACUGAAGAUAAACUAUUUGAGUAUAAGGAGCCUGUGGAAAAGGCUUUUAAACGUGAAAAAUUUUGGGAAGAUAUGGGUCAAUCUGAGCCAUUUCAGGUACAUGAAUGUUCUAAAGAAAAAUCCUCUGAAAGUCAGCAAUGUAAUACGGCUUGUGGGAGUCUCCAUUGUGAUCAGCAUCAGGAGAGGACUGACAGCGGAAACAAGCAUGAAGAGAACAUUGUUACAAACUACACACAUGGCCAGAGAGAUGAAAGUAUCCAUACUGAAGUAAAACCAUUUGUAUGUAAGCAAUGUGGAGAAGCGUUUGUCAAUUCCAGUCACCUUAUCAGCCAUGAACGAAUUCAUAUUGUAGAGAAGUGUUAUAUUUGCAAACAAUGUGGAAAAACAUUUAGAUAUUUGUCAUGCUUUCAAAAACAUGAAAGAAUUCACAGUGGAGAGAGACCUUAUGCGUGUGAGCAGUGUGGGAAAGGAUUUAUCCAGUUGAAAUACCUUCUCAUGCACCAAAGAAGUCACACUGGAGAAAAUUCUUAUGAAUGCAAACAUUGUGAAAAAGUCUUCACUAUUUCCAUUGCUGAUGAUGUACCUGAAAGAAUUCACUGUGGAGAGAAACCGUAUUCAUGUAAGCAUUGUGGAAAAACUUUCACUAGUCCCAAUGACUAUAAUAGUUGUGAAAGUAUCCAUACUGGAGAGAAUCCCUUUGUAUGUAAAAAAUGUGGGAAAGCCUUCAAACGUUUGGGUCAUUUUAUGAAUCAUGAAAGAAUUCACACUGGAGAGAAGCCUUAUGCAUGUAAGCAUUGUGGGAAAGCCUUCACUAGUUCCAGUGACCGUAAUAGCCAUGAAAGAAUACACACUGGAGAGAAACCCUUCAUUUGUAAAACAUGUGGGAAAGCGUUCAGUCGUUCUGAUUAUCUUAUCAAUCAUAGAAGGAUACACACUGGAGAGAAGCCUUAUGCAUGUAAGUAUUGUGGAAAAGCCUUUGCCACAUCCAGUGACAGAAACAGCCAUGAAAGAAUUCACACUGGGGAGAGAUCCUUUCUAUGUAAAAAAUGUGGAAAAGUAUUCAUUCUUUCUGGUGACCUAAUCAAGCAUGAAAGGAUCCACACUGGAGAGAAGCCUUAUUCAUGCAAACAUUGUGGAAAAGCUUUCACUACUUCGAGUGCUCGUAACAGUCACGAAAGAAUUCACACUGGAGAGAAGCCUUAUACAUGUAAGCAUUGCACAAAAACUUUUACCACUUCCAGUACCCGUAACAGUCAUGAAAAAACUCACACCGCAGAGAAGCAUUUUGCAUGUGACCUUUGUAGGAAAACCUUCAACAGUCAGAGUUCCUAUUACACUCAUAAAAAAAUUCAUUCUAUGCAAGAGAAACUUUAUGUAUGUAAACACUGUGGAAAAGAAUUCACUUACUGUGGUAAUUUCCUCAAGCAUGAAAGAAUUCACACUAUGGAAACCUUGUCCACAUGAGCAAUCUGUGGUUGUGUUCCACAAACCGUCACAAACCCACAUAUGGGUUCAUAGUGAAGAACUUGUUCAACUAUAAAUGGUGUGACGCUCUGGCUUGCCAACUUACGAGUUUAGAUGACCCUGAGACGGCUCAGUAAAGGAUCUUUUGGGUAGCCUGAUGAUCUCAGUUUUAACUGUGGAAGUCAGAUGGCAGAAAUAGAGAGCCAUUUCACAAAAGUUGACUUCUGAAGUCCACAUGCGCACCAUUGAAUGUAUGUGUGUGCAAACACAAAUGAAGUAAAUAAAUAUAGUGCUAAAGUAAGAAAAAAAUGAAAAUUUUGAUGUGGAAAGAAGCAGAUAUGACCAGAAAUAGUGUAAUUUUAGCCCUAGUAUACAAACAUAUUCAGGAUAAAAUCCUGCUCUGAUACAUGUUUUAAUGCCUGCUUAUUACAGCUAGGAUAGGAGGCUAGCAAAAUAAAGUAUCCAGGCCGGGCGAUGGUGGCGCACGCCUUUAAUCCCAGCACUCGGGAGGCAGAGGCAGGUGGAUCUCUGUGAGUUCGAGACCAGCCUGGUCUACAGAGCUAGUUCCAGGACAGGCUCCAAAGCCACAGAGAAACCCUGUCUCAAAAAACCAAAAUAAUAAUAAUAAUAAAGUAUCCAAUACAGGACAUUUGACUGCCACUUGGAAAUUUUAAGGUUCCAACCAAAUGAAAAUUUUAAUGAAAAAAAUUAAGAAAGCUAUGAUUUUCUGUUGAAAUAAAGCUUAUAAAAAAUUUUUAUAAACUACAUUUAACAUGUAGUUAAAUCUUAUAAAGAGAGUUUAUGUUUGUGUAGAAUAUUUUGCAAAUAAUCCGAAGAAAGUACAAUAAAAAUUUUGACAUUUUGAUCUUUGGUCCAUUUCUAUACAAAACUUAUAUUUUUGCCUUUUGUUUUUAAUCUUGGAAUUAAGUUAAUAAUAUUGGCGUAAUUUUCUGGUCUGCUGUUCCCAUCACUGGGAAGACAGAUUUCUAAGAAGUUGUGUCCAGCAAUAGCUAGCCUUUGAAGAAACUGUUUGAAGCGUGGAGAGAUGGCUCAGUUUAUUAACGGCAUUUGCACCUCUCCUGAGGGGCUUUCUUUGGAAUCUAGCAUGUGUAUUGGGUGGCUUUCAGCUAACUUUAACUUUAAUUCCAGAGUUUUCAAACACCUUCCGAUCCUCUCCAGGUACCUGUACAAUUAUGUACAUACACAAAUAAAAAAUAUGAAAAGAAAAAGAGAAGAAAUUGGUGCCUCAGAGAGAUGGCUCUGUAGCUAAGAACACUGACUUCUCUUUCAGGUUUUUCUGUGUCUAGUAGAAACAGAAAAUUUUUUGCUUCCUAUUUUAAUAUUUUCUGUGUCCCUUACCUAGCAAAUUAUUUUUUCAACAUACCUAUUAGCUCAUUGGUAAUUAUGUUUAUGUAAAAAGAAAUUCUAAAUGAC